AUGAAUCCUUUAAAGCGUUCCAAAGUAUAUACAACGUUUUCUAAGCAAGUACUUUUAAAGAGACCGGACACGAAGCGCGUCGUCAUGAAUUUUAAUACAAACGAAAGUACAAGAUUCAAAGAAAAGAAAACGGGCAUGAAAUUGAGGCAAAUAGAAUCUAUUAUACAACAUCCACAAAAAGGAACUACAAAAAACUAUAAGAGAUUAAAUGUUGAAAACGUCACUCACGGAAAAUUUAAAAGUUCACUUAAUAAUGACUUUUUCAAAAUCAAGCCUUAUGAUAUUGAAGAUGAGAUCACUCAGAACGAAGGGAACGUUGUUUUAGAUAAUGUAGAUGAAAACGCUCUCUCCGAUACGCCUAAAUAUAAUAUUUAUGCAGUACAUAGCUCAAGCAGGAAGCAAUUGUACAAAACAAAAACUGUAUCUAAAUUUGUUCGAGCAGACUUUUUAAGUAAUAUAGAAUCAAACACGUCAAACAACAAAAGUGUCUUAGUAUGGAGGUAG